AAUCAAACAGAACGGCGAGGCCACUCUCUUCAUCUCCAUCGACGCAGAGAGAUUUAGCCCUAUAUGCAUACCUUUUAGAGGUUCUUUGUUAGCAUGGGUUUCUGCACCGUUUGAGAUACCGUCGCCGAGGAAUACAACCUCACCCUCCCAUGGCGAAACACUAAACCACUGUUUUCAAGUCCGAAUUAUGUAUUCCAACAUGAUCUGUGUGAGCAGGUACUUCGAGUGCAAGACGUUGCGGCGAUGGAAAAAGAACAGAUCAAGGAACCGGCUUCAUUUGCAGCUCCGGGAGCUUCCGCUGCACCGUCCGCGCCUAGGGGUUCACAUUUGGAGUUGCCCCCAGCCAUGCUAUUGGGUCGGAACACAAGAGGGAUUCCAAGGAACCUGAACACGCAAUCACAACCACGUCUUUGGCUGAACGCAUCUCUCAAAUUGAAGCUGACAUUGCCGACGUUAGAUUCGUUAUCCGAAACCAGAAGCUUCUAAAUGAGGAGUAUGUGGAACUGGUGAAAGAAAUGAUAAAUCAGCAAGCUUUAUCACCCCACAUUGGUAGUAACUCUCCAAAAGCGAGGAAGACCACCAUGACCGAAGGGACCAUUGGAAAAAGCGGAGGAACAUUAAGGACGUACAAGCGAGAGAAAAAUCCUACUCCCACAACAACUGGAACCGACCCUGACUAUCUCCCAAUUCCGACGCCGCCAUCUAGUCCAGAAGGUAGCACCUUCCGCUUGAAGCGCAGAAACAAACAGCGGCGUUCUGGAUCGACCCCUGCCCCAAAAGGAGAAACCCCAAAGGGAAAGAGAAAACUAUUUAACUCGGGGAGCAUUUCUGGGGUGGGCCAGAGCAAGGGAGAAAAGACUCACAUCACUAGCAGCUCCAUCCCAGCAGUCCAAUAUGCUGAGCAACAAAACUUUCUGCAGAUUCGCCAUGUCGAUAGGAGCCAGUGGGGGAAGGAGAUUGGGAAAAAUAUUCCCCGUGGUAUGCCAUUAACUUUUUUCCCCACCAAGGACAUGAAGAUUGUAGGCCUUGAUCUAUGCGCUGCGGCGUACAUAUUCAACACGAAACUUGACCAAGACGAGCUACUUGUUCGGAGCCCGCACUGCGCUAUUACCAGGGGUGCUCUCAGAACUCUGGAGCCAAGGAAGCCCGUGGUCGACGACGUGCUGAUUCUACUUGCCUGCAUGCUGGCCGGGAACUCCACCAGGAUUCAUUGGUUCUUGCCGACAACCUUCUCACAAAUUGCCACUGGAAGGGGACCAGUUCCUUAUACGACACUGAAGGCCAUUAGGGAGGAUUUUAUGGGCAAAGCCAACAGGGUCUGCAAGCUUGUGUACCUGGACUCCCUUCCCUCAGAAGAUGAUAGACCCAAGCGGCUUCGGCAACUUAAAAAAGUGGCUAUCUUUCUGGAGGAGCUGCUGGACAGUGAUGAUUGGUAUGAUGAACCGACAAAUCCUAGGAUUAUGUGCAGUGACUACGAGAUAAAGGAGCCUAAGGUCACCAGGCAGGACCCCGGAAGCAAUGAUUGCGGCCUAUACGUUGCGCAAUGGAUGAUAAUGUACCACCUGUGGAACUCGUACGAGGCUGAGAAAAUUACAGACUACAGUCAUAUGAGGCUUGCUGUUGACAUGGUGCUAAAGUACCAUAAUGACAAGCGCAUGGAGGUCAUCCAAGCUGCGUUGGAAUACUGGAGGAACUUAACCAACGGUUCCCCAGUAGCUAACUGAUUCACAAGUUCACCUAAGUUUCUUUUGACAUAUGCUUGUUUGAAUGAUAAAUUGGCGAGAGACCACAGCCUUUUGUAUAAUAUUAUGUAAUCCAGCAACUUAUUGGAUUGUGCAAUAUUUCCUGGGAGUAGGUUUGGCAACCUUCUGUGGCUAUUCUCAUGCAACUCCUUGUGUAACCCAUGACACGUUUGACCUACACAGGUACGGUGUCAGGAGUUACAGAUGAGGUACGACUGGAUAAGCACCUUUCAGGAACGCGCACAAAUCAUGCAGUCUCCAAAGAGUGUGCUUCAAAUACACUCGACUUUUGUAAAACAAACUAUAGUUGUCGAUGCUUUUUCAUAGACAUCAACUGUGUCUUUCGGACCUCUCUAAUUUCAUCAAGCAUAAUUUAGUAAACCAUCAUGUACUGGCUUUCAUAUCCA